AUGUCGUCUCCUCCGCCGCCGUCGCGUCCGGUGCGCCGCCAAUUCAUGACGACCAUGACGGCCAACAAGGCGGCCAAACAGCAGAGCAACAAGGCUCUCCCCGUGACGCCGACAACAGCUUCAGCAGAGGCCCGCCCUACCCACAUGUACCCCGCCGACCUCACAAAACCCCUCGAUGCUAUCGCCGACCCCAUCCAUCUCAAUCCCCUGAUUGCAUUCUACAUUCUCGCCGCUGCCCACACUAUCGCUGCUCUCUGGUUCCCUAUACAAGAUUGCGACGAGGUCUAUAACUACUAUGAGCCCACCCACUACUUGACCGAGGGCUAUGGCAAGCAGACUUGGGAGUACUCUCCCGAAUAUGCCAUCCGCAGCUGGGGCUACGUUUCGCUUCAUGCCUUUGUCAUUGGUCUGCGUCGCAUCAUUCCUGUCUGGGGUCUGCCCAAGGUCUGGAAGUUCUACUUCUUGCGCAUCAUGCUUGGAGCAAUCUGUGCCGCCUCUGAAUCCAGGCUCUACGCCGUCAUCUCGAGAACUCUCAACCCUAGACUCGGCAUGCUCUUCUUCCUCAUCAUGCUCACCAGUCCUGGCAUGUUCCAUGCAUCUGUCUCCUUCUUGCCUUCAUCCUUCUCCAUGUAUACCACCGCUCUGGGUAUGGCUGCCUUCAUGGACUGGCGUGGAGGUGUGCGAACCGCUACUGGAAUGAUGUGUAUGAUCGGUGGUUCUUUCCUCGGUUGGCCUUUUGCCGCUGCUCUCAUUGCUCCCUUCAUGAUUGAGGAAUUCAUGCUCGCUUACUUUACCGACAAGCAAGAGUUCAUCGACUUUUGCUACCGUAUCCUCGAUGGCUCUGUCCGCUCUACCAUAAUACUCGUCAUCCAGUUCUGUUUUGAUGCUUUCUUUUACAGGAGGGUCGCUAUCGUGCCCUACAACAUUGUCUGGUACAAUGUAAUCGCUGCUCGCAGUGGCAAAGGUCCCGAUAUCUAUGGCACCGAGCCCUGGCAUUUCUACGGCCGCAACCUCUUACUCAACUUCAACAUCUGGUUCAUCAUCGCCUUGGCCGCCAUGCCUCUCUACUUCGUCCACACUUUUGUUCUUCGCCAACCUAUCUUCAAGCAAUCUUACCUGCGCGGCGUCUUCUUCCUCACCCCUUUCUAUCUCUGGUUGACUAUCUUCACCCUCCAGCCUCACAAGGAGGAGCGCUUCAUGUACCCCAUCUACCCUGCUUUAGGGUUCAACGCCGCUCUAGGCUCUCACAUCCUUCUCACCUGGCUCGGCACAUCCAAUCCCCGUUCUCUUAUCGCCAUGAUCCCUGCUAAGUUGAGACUGCUCUUCGCUGCUUUCUGCUUCAUCGCUGCUGUUGAUUUCGGAGUUUGGAGAACUCUCGGUAUGAUCACAGCUUACAAUGCUCCAUUGAGCGUGUACAAACCUCUGCGACUUCCUGGCGUCACCCAAUCUGGUGACAAUGUUUGCCUGGGCAAGGAAUGGUAUCGCUUCCCCUCUUCGUAUCAUCUCCCGACUGGUGUCAGCGCCAAGUUUGUCAAGAGCGAGUUUAAUGGUCUGCUCCCUGGUGAUUUCAGCCAAGCUGGCAAGGGAUUCGGUUUGUAUCCCGGUGCAUGGCUUAUGCCGAGCGGGAUGAAUGAUGAGAACAAAGAAGAUCCUAGCAAAUACACUCCACUAUCGCACUGCUCCUUCAUGGUCGACUCGUACUUCCCAGGCAUCGAGCCAUCACCUCUGGAACCCAACUACAUCAACCAGACAGAGACUUGGGAGAAGCUGUCAUGCGAGCCGUUCCUGGAUGCUUCGCGUACUGGAACUAUCGGUCGCAUCGGAUGGGUUCCUGACUGGGACUUUAUUCCGUCCAAGUAUCGCCGCCAAUGGGGCGAGUACUUGUGGAUUCCAUCGGACUUCAAGAGGCCCACCGCCGCACCAUACCCAGACUGGUCUCUCGAAACCACGAAGCCCCUGCCCUAUCGCCCUUUCCGCUAUGGACCGAAGUACAACAUUACCAUGGGAUUGCGCACAAUGAAUUGGGAUGAGUGGAUUGAGUUGGACAACCAUUACCCGAAAUUCCAUGCCGAUAAGAAACGCCGCAUUGAAGAACGUGGCAGCAAGUGUUUCCAUACAGACCCUAAACCGCAAGUGUUCGAUGGCGCUGUAGAACUUCUGGAAGAGCUCUGUGGUUAUCUCCCCGAGCGCUACCCAAGCAUGUUUCGCAAGACUGAACACGGAAUGGUCAACUUGUUUGCGGACGAGACUUUUGAUAUCAGAAGGGAUGUCUUGACCAUGAAUGGCAACCGCGAGGAUCCUAUGCAGAUGGCCGCACGUAUGGUGCAAGAUGAUCUGGCAAUCAUGUUCGAAAAGGAAGACGGUCAGAUGUAUCUCCUUGCUGGUGCAGUCUUGCUGGCAGGUUUCUGGCGUUUACAGGAUAAAUUGGGCAUGUCUCUUGACGAGAUUCAUUACAGCGGCGAUGUUCCUGGUUACCACGACAAACUCCGCAAAGGCAUGAACAACUUCUUCCGACGCAUCAAGCCCGAAGCUCCAGUGAAACGCAACAACUACUUCCUUCAAGUCGAUGAAGACCUCGCAUGGUCCUACAGCAUUGGAUCUGAAGACGCUGGAGAACCCUCGUGGGAUACAGCCGCUGCCAAUCGCGCAAUCGAACACCAUUACUUCCGCUCUGAAUGCCAAUCUCUUCGUCGCCUACCCAGAUCUGGAGGUGUGUUGUUCACGAUUCGCACGUACUUCCAUCCGAUUACGGAUAUUGCGCAAGAGGAUUAUGUACCAGGAAGAUUGGCUAGUUCGAUCAGGGCUUGGGGUGAUGAUGUGAGCAAGUACAAGGGCAAGGCGAAGUAUGGCGAUGUGUUGUUGAAUUACCUGGAUAAGAAGCACGAAGAGCAAGUAGCUAAUGGACUGGAUCUAAGCAGAGAAGAUGAGUGUAGGGCAUAUCCAUACUAA